CGCCGCGGGCCUCAUCUCCACUCGUUCGCGAGCCGCCUCUUCCACGCGCUUCUGUCUCGCGUCGUUUGAAAGCCCUCUCGGUCCCGCUCGCGAAUCGCGCGGUCCUUGCUUUAGUCGCAACAACAACGUCAACAACAACAAGAAGAAGAGGUUUGCACAGUUGUUAAAGUGGCGUUAUAUCCGCACCCGUCGGGGAUAUGUUCACGUUCGGCGUUUGCCGCGUGAUGCGAGCGUGGCUUUUGGCAUUAAAAACCUGAGGUGGGGUUUUGUGUAAUCGUUCCCCCCGAGUGGACAUUGUUAACAGUCUUCUAAAACACGCAGUGUUGUAAUGUCUAAUAAGCUUUAAAAGCCACCCAAGCGAUGGAUUCCACUAAGUACGAGGUCGUCCUGGACGAAGUGAAAAAGGGGGUUUUAGCGGAGCACAAGCUGAAGGCUGUGGCGUGCGUGCAGGGAUUUUUUUCCGGAGAGCAGGUUGUUCGACUUCUCAAAAGCUUCCCCGGUGCGGAAUGUCAACUGAAAGCACUGCGCAUUUUACAGCAGGUAUUAUUUUUAAGAUGUUUCGCUCUCUCCACGAAUGCUGCCGUCUCAAUCUUGGGCGGCUUCACGUUCAGCAAGGACAAGGUCCACGCUUUGGAGGUCAUCGCGUCGUCCAUUCGCAACCCACUAAAAUCGGCUCCGCUGGAAGAUCACUUCCGCACAUUCGCAGACGAGCAGAAGAAAUGCCGGGCCAUUCUGGAGCAGGCAUCACGGCUGGGUUGCCGAGCUCCCAUGCAAUCGUACAGCGGAAACUCGGGGAAUCCCUACCCUCAAGGUCGGCCCAGUCGCUCCAAUCCCCUCUUCACGAGGGACACGCUUAGCAAGGACUCUGAGAACCCUUACUUACGGACAAGAGGUGUCGCUGCCUCCGUGCUGGGAGCGUGCAAGGCGACUCCCGUGACCUACAAUCCGAUGCGGCCCGUGCCUUACCCGAUCCCUUCACCUAUAGUCCACGCCACCUUUGCACCAACCAUCUCGAAGCCGAUCUCCGUGACGUCGGCCAGCGGCAUCACGGCGGCCGUCGGCUCUUCGGCACAGCCUCCCUCCUCAAAGUCGGCUGUGCCAACUCCUGUCCUCGCCCACAUUAAGGCUGAUCCAGACGCUCAGCCCAGCGUAAUAAAACAGUCCACCAGUCACAGUCAUUCUGGCAGCUCCAAAUCAUCCCACGCUUCUUCGACCAAGCCCACAAAGCCACCUCCGGGAUCCUCCGCCAGCACCCACGCUUACCCGUCGCCCGCCACAUCAACUCCUGCCUCCACGUUAAUGCCAGCAUUGGCCCAAGCGAUCCAAGCCAACUCCGCUUUCCAGUCUUCUGGGGCCCCCGCGGGAGGAGCAGCGGCGGAGUGCCUGCCGUCGGCACAAUAUCUGUCGACCGCUGGUGCGGCCGCUCCCCCGCCAACCUACUCCAGCUUCCACGGGGGGUCGCAAAAACCCUUCCGCCCGCCCAGCAGCACCGCGUCGCAAGCACUGCCGUCGGCCGCCCCGCCGCCCUACCCGUCCACGCCGCCAAUCUCCGCGUCCCUCGGUUCGUCGGGAUCUGCGGCUGAGAGUUUCCUGCCGGCACUCUCGGGGUCAUUCCCCUUGGCUCAGCAGCCGUACCACCACCCUGGCGCCACUGCUGUCGCCGCCACCACCGACACGUCGGCCCUGCCAUCGGCGGCCGCCCCCUUUCCAUCGCUGCCGGCAAACUUCCAGGCAGCUGGCGGCGGCGGUGCGGCCGACGGCACGGCUCCGGCGAACGCCGGUAGCCACGCGGAGUCACGGCGAUACUCCUACGGCGACACGCACGGCGGCAAACGGCACUCGGCCAGCACCGACGGGCAGAACCGCUCGGCCCCAACACCGCCGCCGCAGAAGAAGACGAACGCGUUCCUCCCCCCGUCGUCUCCGGCAUCCGCCGGGUUCGCGCCGUUCGCUGUGGGUGCCUCGCCCACGGCCGCGUCGCACGUUCAGCCGAGCGCGGCUGUGCAGGAGAUGUCGUCGCGAAAAAACCACGAGUCUGGCAACGCGGCCCUGGCGGCGGGCAGCGCAGCGGACGUGGGGGGCUCGGAGAGGAGCUCACAAACCGUGGGGGGCUCUUUGGGCCGCUCUGCCUUCACAGCCCUUCCCAGCCCUGCUGGGGACACCGGCAUCUCCAGCGCAGGAUAUGGAGCGUCCCCAUACCAUAUGCCCGUCCAGAAACGGUCGUCUUCCUCCAGCAGACACCGGGAAACCCCAUCCAUUAUGCAGCCCCAAGCAGGCAUCGCCGUUCCCAGCUUUGCCCAGUACCAAGUGGGCGGUGGCUACAAUCCCCAGCCUCUACUGCCGGCCGCCCUCUCCCAGCCGGGCCUGGUACCCGUCUACCCCGGCUUCUCCACGUCCACCCAGGCUGAACUGCCCCUCUCUCUCGGCUCCAUGGCCUUCGCCGGGCAACAGCAGCAGCAACAGCAACAACAACAGCAGCAGCAGCAUCACCAUCAGCAGUCCUCCGUCCUCGCCGCGGCACCCUUCCUCAUGCAGCAGAGCCUGGCCGCUUUCCAGACGCAAGCCGAGCUGAGCGCCGGUUUGUCGGCGUCGAUGGGGCUGCCGCUCACCGUGCCCUUCCCGUCUCACUCUGCGGCGCUCGUGCACCCGGCGCUGGCGGCGCAGUCGCAGCAGCAGCAUCAGGAGCAGGCGGCGGCGGCCGCGGCGGCGGCGGCCCUCGGUCUCGCGUACAUGGGGCAGCAGAGUGCUGUCACGCAGGACCAGGUUCAGAUGCAGUCGGGUUUCCCUGCCGCACUGGGCUGGCAGUGACGGCAAGAGCAGAUUCUGUGCGGUUGUACGAGGACUCGGGGUCUGGCACAUGCGGGGGUGCGUGGCGAUCCUUCACUAUCCCACGUGAGGAUGAGCUGCUUUUUUUAUGAGAUGGUGCAACUUAAGAAAGUACAAGUGACUCUUGUAGAUGCCUAACUGGGCUUGCUAGGUGGGCCAGUCUCUUCAACAUGAGUAUGGAGCUUAAUUAGUGGAUACAAUUACCUUUUAAAACUACGGUGGGGUAUUGUGCUUUUGUGAUGUCACUGGAGUGACGUAUUAAAAAUGCCAUCUGUAAUGUUGUAGUGACAUCACUGGAGCACGUCUGACUGAUUUAAAAGUCUCCUACUUAACUAAGGAAGCUUAAAAAUGCGUGAUCCGACAGCACGAACAUCACAGCCUAUGGUUAAGUGUACACAAAUGAGAGCUAUUUGUUACAUGGGUUCCGUUAACCAUUUUCCCAUGACCUCGUGAGAGGCUUGUGGUGUGACGUAGAGAUGCGUAGUCAGAGAAAAACUGUACGGGCAUUAAUUAGAAAUAUAGUUCGUGUUGCUAUCGGCUGCGAAUAUUGGGGGGGGCUGGGUGUGAUGGUGUUUAUGGGUGCCAAUGUGAUUAUAGCGCUAUCCUCACAAUCGGCAGGCUGUGAUUUCCAAUCCCAGUUGGGGUUGACUCAGCCCACCAUUGGAAACUGGUCCUCACCAUUGGAAUGUGGAAUUUCCAGCACUAGGUUAAGGGCUGCCAAUGGAGCUGACCGGGGAGACCACUUUCACCUGCUUAUAUAGCUCUCUGAUGCUUUCUCAAGUUGUACCCACGUGUUCCCAAUGAAGCUCCCAGGACGUGGAGCGAAACGUCGGACAUCGUUGCCGAGCAACACGCGGCACGCCCCGAAAGCACGUCGGAGAGACGAACAGGACAACAGUGAAGACCGACGCAAUCAAGGAAUGCUAGCGAUGCUCUUGUUAUCUAAGAAUGUGGCGAUAAGGAACUCGUAGCAACUGCUAGCAUAUUGCACCACGUAACUCCGCAUGCAAUUAAUAGGGUAUUUGCAUAAAGUAUUAAUUUUAUCUUGAUGUAGAAUAUACACCAACUGUUUGUAAACGUAUACACUGGCAUGCAAAUUGACAUUAUAUGAAAUGAGACUCUACGAGGAAACUGCAGGAAUUGUAUUAUUUUCUUUUUUUACAUGUGACACGAUCACAUAGCUGCCUGUGCAGACAUAUAUGAAACUUGGUGUGCGAAAGUGAUGAGGCGAAGGCACGCACACCCAUUUGAUAUGGACAUUGGUGGGGCUAUUUUAUUUUUGGUAAGCACGGACACGUAUACCGCACUUGGAAAAACAAUAAAAAUACUAA